GGACAUGGCGGCUACGAAGCUCUUUCUUUUCCUUCUUCUCAUAUUUUUUUCUUCUUUCUUCCAAACACCCACAUUUGCUAGUAAGAGGAAAUCUUAUGUGGUGUAUUUAGGAGCCCAUUCUCAUGGAUUCCAACCUUCUUCCAUCGACUACCAACGUGUCACGAACUCCCACCAUGAGUUCUUGGAAUCAUUCGUCGGGAGCAAAGAGAAGGCGAAAAAUGCCAUCUUCUACUCCUACACGAACCAUGUGAAUGGUUUUGCUGCGAACUUAGAAGCGGAGGAGGCCAACGAAAUAUCAAAGCAUCCGGCCGUUGUAUCGAUUUUCUUGAACGAGAUGGUGGAGUUACACACGACUCGGUCAUGGGAGUUCCUGGGGUUGGAGAUGAAUGGCGAGAUUCCUGAAGGAUCGUUGUGGCAGAAGGCGAGGUUUGGGGAGGAUAUGAUCAUUGGGAAUCUUGAUACGGGUGUUUGGCCGGAAUCAAAGAGCUUCAAUGACGAUGGAAUGGGGCCCAUUCCGAUAAGGUGGAAGGGAUCAUGUGAUAGUGAGGGUGGAGUUCGUUGUAACAGGAAGUUGAUCGGAGCCAGAUACUUUAAGAAAGGCUACGAGGCAGAAAAUGGCCCAAUCAACGCCACACUCUCAACGGCACGUGACACCGAUGGCCAUGGGACCCACACACUCUCAACGGCUGGUGGUGGCUUCGUUCCCAGAGCAAACAUUUUCGGUUAUGGCAACGGUACAGCAAAAGGCGGAUCACCCAAUGCCCGUGUGGCCGCAUACAAAGUCUGCUGGUCUGGAUGCUUUAACGCCGACAUCCUCGCAGCCUUUGAUGCCGCAAUCCACGACGGCGUCGAUGUGUUAUCCAUCUCCCUUGGUGGGCCACCUCGUGCUUACUUUAGACAAGGCAUCUCGAUCGGUUCAUUCCAUGCCAUGAUGAACGGUAUCCUCGUCGUCUGCUCAGCUGGGAACUCGGGCCCACAGAGUGGCACGGUUGGGAAUGUGGCCCCUUGGCUCAUAACUGUUGGAGCCAGUACAAUGGAUAGAGAAUUCCCAUCAUAUGUCCGGCUCGGCAAUAACAAGCGCAUCAAUGGACAAAGCCUUUCAACCACAGCCCUUCCAGCAAACAAAUUGUAUCCGUUGAUCAUAUCCACUGAUGCUGAAUCUGCCAAUUCAACGGCUCAAAAUGCCCAGUUCUGUCAGCCAGGGUCCCUUGAUCCUAAGAAGGUAAAAGGAAAGAUAGUUGCUUGCACCGCUGGAUUAAUCAGUAGUGUGGAGAAGGGCGAUGUAGUCAAACAGUCAGGAGGGGUCGGGGUGAUCAUCAUGAAUGGGCCCACUACCGAAAUUCAGGCCCACCCUCACGUCAUCCCAGCCACAGAUAUCGCUGGGGUCAGCCGUGUUGCCGUACUGUUCUAUAAUAGAUCUACUGCAUCACCAACAGCUUACAUUACGCGGCCAACCACAGAGCUUGGAACUAGGCCCGCACCAACCAUGGCUGCAUUCUCAUCACAGGGGCCCAAUUCCAUCACACCGGAGAUCCUCAAGCCGGAUAUUACCGCACCAGGAGUCAAUGUCCUCGCAGCCUAUACUGAGUACAUCGGACCUAGCCAUCUCCCUUCUGAUCCACGCCGAGUUCUCUUCAACAUAAUAUCUGGGACAUCAAUGGCAUGCCCUCAUAUUUCUGGCAUUGCCUGCCUUCUCAAGAUGGUCCACCCCGAAUGGAGCCCAUCAGCCAUUAAAUCAGCAAUCAUGACCACUGCACGAACUGAAGACAACACGGGAGGACCAUUGAGGAACUCUUCUCUAUCUGUGGCCAACCCUUUCAGCUACGGCGCAGGACAUGUGGACCCAAACCGUGCUGUGGAUCCCGGUUUAGUGUACGACCUAACCAUCAAGGACUACUUGAAUUUCUUAUGUGCCAUUGGAUAUAACCAAACCCAGUUUGCGAGUUUCACUAAACAACCUUACUCAUGUGAUCCCAAGUCCUUAAAUGUCUUAAAUUUCAAUUAUCCUUCAAUAACCAUUCCAGAUCUCUCUGGCCUGAUCACUGUGAGUCGGACGGUGAAGAAUGUAGGCCACCCAAGCACGUAUACAGUCCGCAUUGAUGCACCGUCGGGAAUUUCUGUGUCGAUAGAGCCUGUGAGCUUGAAAUUUGAGAAGAUUGGUGAGGAGAAAACAUUCAAGGUGAGUCUGCAGCCCGAGGAAGGUCGAGUGGCUAGUGAGUACGUUUUUGGGCAGCUGAUAUGGUCUAAUGGUAUGCACUCCGUCAGGAGUCCUAUAAUUGUAAAGGCAACAAAAGCCUGA